AUGCAUUCUAUGGUAGGAGCAUUUGGCGAUUAUAAAAUCGAACGUCGACGUGUCGAUGUUGUACGUGGUUAUUGUUAUCGUUUUAUUCAAUGUAGUUUUCCAUGCGGUCUAUUUAUGCUUUCAUUAUCAAUAUUACUUAUAAUAGCCGGUACUAUACAACUUGUAUUUAUUAUACACUUUGAGGGAUGUACUAAAACAUCAACAUACUCUAUUAAAUGUAAUCGUCAAACAAUUAAAGUUUUAGGUAUUACGUUUCUCGUCACCGGUUGUGUUCUAUUAUUAAUUAGUCUUAUAGUAACAAAAUAUUCUCGUUCAAGUGAAGAAAAUAAUGUUAUUAGAACAACAUCCGCAUUAUUACAAGCACAAACUUCACAAUCAUCGUCAAAUAAAGAACAAAAUAAUAUUAUUGUGUCAAUUCGGUAG